AUGGUUUCGCGCAAUCGCUCGCCCAAGCGCUCACGCAAGCGCUCGCCCAAGCGCUCACGCAAGCGCUCCUGCAAGCAGCGCUCACGCAAGCGCUCACGCGAGCGCUUGCGAAGCUCAAGCUCGUCCUCAAGCUCGUCCUCGUAUAGCAGCUUCCAUCAAAGGUAUAAGAGCCGUGAACUGCAAAAGGAGCAGAGGAGGCGACCGGCGGCCAAGAAGCAAGUCUCGGCAUUGCAGGAGAAGGAGGUAGUGGGAAGUGCGGCUGACAUCACAGUGGUGAAAUGCGCGAACAAGGUGGUGGAGAGCAUCUUGCGGGGGACAUUUUCGGUGAAUGGGCAGAACCAUGGGCGACCAAUCUACAAGAAGGAUGCAGAUACGGUGACUGUGCUGCUCUACUACUGGGAUGAACGUGAUGGUCCCAAAUUUUGUGGCUGGUGGUUUGGCCCCAAGGUGGGCGGUGAACAGGUCUGGGCGUUCCAUCCCGCGUCCACCUUGACGCCGCCCAAGACUGGAUGGAGACUCCCCUGGGAUGGCCCGGUGGACAGCAGCUUUUGUAUCGAAGCCAAGGUUGCAGAGGAGAGAAAGAGAGAAGACCACAUCAAAGCGCAUCAGGACGUCCCAUCGGGCUCAGAACGGCGGAAGCGACCACUGAGCCCAACGCAGCAGCAUUCGGAGGCUCAGACUGGCAAAGAUGCUAUACAAAAGGGCGCAGUUUCAGAGGUCAAACGCAGGUCUUCCAACAGUGAUGUGGGUUCUCAAUCCAUCGGGCAGCUGGUUGGGCAGAUGGUCGACAAGGAGCUUUCCAAACUGCAAGAGGCACUUGCAAGUGAGAAGACAAUGAGGGAAGCGGCUGAAGGGAAACUGAGAGAUGCUUCGCUAUCUUUGGAAAGCAGAGAAGGUGCUUUGGCCAGCGAGCAGAGGGAGCUUGCCAAACUGCAAGAAGCACUUGCGAGCGAGAGGGCAAUGAGGAGCAGCAAAGCAAGAGACUGUCAAAGCCUAGAACGUGCUUUGGCCAGCGAACGAGAGAAGCUCCAAGCAGCUGAAGAGCAAGUUCAGGCUAAGCAGAUUCAGAUUGAUGAGCUGACUGCGUGCUUAGCAGAGCAGAAACGCAUAAAAAGCAUGGCCAGCAGUUGUGGUGCACGCUGGCAAUACAAAGAGAACGAAUGCUGGCACGCUGUACCGCCUGAAGCGAAUGAUCAGAUGCAUCAGGCCUAUUUGGCCUACCUUCGUGAUCCAAUCUCGGGCAAUCGCUGCAGGACGAUCAAUUCAGCAGGGGUCGCUCGUGAAGUUGAUUUCGAGCUGAUGCAGCAAAAGCGAGGUGACACUAACAAAGUUCGCCAGAUUCGGAUUUUGCCCGGCGUGCCAAAGCAGUGGGUCUCCACCCCUGCUAGCUUGUUGCAACAGACAGAUCAGUUAAAUCAAUUCUACAUUGAAGUGACAGAUGAUCAAAUUCUUGAGCAGGUGAUAGACAUUCUGCAAUUGACUGGCCAUGCGCAGACCACGUGGCAAGGAUGCUCGUGGCUCGAAAAUGCAGGCGUCAUAUCAGUGCACCGGAUUGAAAACUUCAGGCUUUGGCAUGGAUACAAGCAAAGAUGCGAAGCCUUGCGGAAGCAGAAUGCAAGUCACAAUGUUUCUGUUGCAGGUGCAGCCUUAGAUCUUGAUGCAUCUGAUGGCUCCACCAAGGUCAUGACAAGCAACCAGAAAGUGUUGGAUUGCGGCGAGGCCUUGGCAGCGGAUGUGGAUGAGAAGAUUCUGUUGCAUGGCACAAGUUGGGAGAAUGCAAACUCUAUCAUUCUGAACGGCUUCGACCAUCGGACUUGUUCCCGUGGCAUGUAUGGUGAUGGGGUCUACUUUGCAUCUGCGGCUUGCAAGUCCCACCACUACACUUGCAAGGAUCACAAGAUGGCCUGCGGCUGCAAGCGUGAAAGGACGUUGAUCAUUGCCCGUGUGGCACUUGGUGAUGCAUACUAUGCCAAGGAAACCAGAUACAAAGAACGGAGGCCACCCGUGAGGGAUAGCACAUCCGGGGUCACCUACGAUUCCGUUGUGGUCAAUCCCGGCCGCAUCAAGGGACACCACAACACAACACAGCUCCAUCAGGAGUUUGUCAUUUCCGACAGGGAGCAGGCAUAUCCUUGUUAUGUGGUUCAGUAUCGGUUGUGA